AGCUGCUCUGAUUUAUCAGAAUGAGAAGUUUCUCGGUAUGAAAAAAAAAAAACCAAAAAAAAACCACUUACUUGAAACGCGAAACGUUGCCAAAAAGUUGCCGGGCUUGCCGAAAUAAUUAGGGGUGGGGGACCGUAAGUAUGGUUUCCCAAAAAACUUUUCAACUACUUCCGCAACUGUUACUUUCGAACGUCUGUAGAGAGUGUUUCAGCGCUAAUAAUGCAGUUUCGAGCAGUCGUCGUCCUUCCCUUCCUCGAAGCAGUUAAUUCCGCUUUCAACAACUUUAGUUUGCUUAGUUUUAAAGGAAUGCACUUUCACCGGAGCGGUAGACUGUUUUGAUUUUUCCUAAAGGAACACGACCACAUUUACCGACCUAAUUGGAAACAGAGGCAAACGAUUUUUCAUUCAACCAGCAAUUCUUGGUUACAUUUAUAUUUCCUGUCGCGAGUAAACACACGAUUGCUACCAAUAGUUUUUGUUGCGAUCCACGUCUGGUUGCGAUCUACAGUAGAACCCCGGUGACUCGAGCUCGGAUAACUCGAACUCCCCUGCUACCUCGAACCAAGUCUUGGAUUUGGAUUUGACCCCACUUUUCAGUUAUUUUAACUCGGUUAACUCGAACUCGGAUAACUCGAAUUCCCCGCUAACUCGAACUAAAUUUCUUUUCCCUUGAUAAAAAUCUAUCCCGAUAACUCGAAUUCUGGUUUAUGUAACUCACCACGGAAGUCAUCCAUUAGCUUUUCUUGUCCUGUAAUCGGUAAAAACUAACACUACAGUAAUUUGAUUUUAAUAAGUGCAACCGACCGUUCACAUAUUUGACAGUCAUUUCCCGAUCUUCAAGUUCGAGCUACCGGGGUUCUUUUGUAUAUAUGAGUAGCUUCCCAGGAAUUCACCAAAAGUAACCUGACGUUGCGUCAUUCUCUCGUGAUGGCAAUGCUCGAAUGUGAUUGGCUGCUUUCUCGUGAUAUUUAUUUGGAAAACCGGUACAUAAACAUUGUCUACACAUACUCUUUUUCUAUCAUAAUUCCUUCCACGUAUUCAUCACGAGACCCUAAAUAUCAUCAUAGUUAGAGGUGAGCUACUUCCUUGACUUUCUCUGGGACUUAUUCAGUAUUCCAAGAUUUAGCAAGAUUCGCGAAACGAGAUGGAUGACGAAAGCAUCAAGGGGAUUACAAUCGCCAUUUUGUUUUUACUCACGGUCUUCGCCGGUCUCCUUCCUCUGAAAAUUCGACCCAGCACAGGACAGGGAAACGUAAGACAACGGUUCCUCAGCCUCUGCAACUGUUUCGCAGGAGGAGUAUUCUUCGCCACGUGCUUGCUCGAUCUGCUGCCGAUGAUCAGAGACAAAUAUCAGCAAGCUUUCAAUCUAGCCGGCAUCCAUACGGUUUUUCCCGUAGCUGAGUUCACGACUUGUGUUGGAUUCUUUCUGGUUUUGACUGUAGAGCAGAUAGUGCACACAUUUCAGGAUUCUUCAUUGCUGCACGGAUCUCACGGGAGCCACAGCCACAACGAACCACUUUUAGGUGAUCGGUCAGCAGGGGACGGUUUUUAUUCUUCUUCGAGCAGUUCUUUUCGUCCUCAACAGCGAAAGAAAACCAAAGCAGGGGAAUCGAGUUUUCGGGUUUAUAUCUUGAUUCUUGCCUUGUCGAUGCACUCAAUAUUCGAAGGUCUAGCUCUUGGCCUCAUUACAGACGUUGAUCGUUUGGUGCAGAUUGCAGUAGCUAUCGUAAUCCACAAAUCGAUAAUUGCAUUUUCUCUCAGCGUGAACUUGGUGCAACACGAGAUGGAAACGAAAACCGUUGUAAAAUCAGCCGUUCUGUUCUCUGUAAUGAGUCCGAUAGGAAUAGCGAUCGGUAUGGCGGUACUACGCGGCUCUAGUGAACAAUCAAGCAGUUUUGCCUCGGGCAUCUUACAAGGGAUUGCAGAUGGGACAUUUUUGUAUGUGACUUUCUUUGAAAUCUUCCAGCGGGAGCUUGCAGAACGUGGCAGUCGCCUGCUCAAGGUUCUGUCCAUGAUAGUGGGCUACUCAGUUGUAACAGGACUCUUGUACUAUUCUAAUGUUUUAGAACACGAAAGUCAUGAUGUUCACUCAGGAAAGGAGAAUUCUACUGCUUUACUGGCCAUGGCAGCUUCAGGCUCUAUGUAGUGAUACUGUUUCAGUUUCCAAGGAAAACUUAUUUUAAAAAUAUACCUGUGCACUCAGUAAAUUUGUUUUCAGCUACCUUAAAAUCUCUUUUAAGCCCCUAUGUGCUUCUGCUAAAGGAAAGUAAAGGUUUUAGAGGUAUAUUAUAUUCUUAGAGCUAUCUAUCCUCCCACUCUUCUUUGUUUGGGUCUGGGGGGGCGGGGCAGGGUCUCUAUUAUAGGCGUGAUAUGUGUUGAACAGAGAUUAACUUGUUACUUAAGUUUUUUAAAAUAUAUAUAUAUUAUAAAUUAUGGGUACUUAAUUGGGCUUACCUAAAUUAUUACAUUUCUCUUAAUUUAAUUGUUGUGAAACACUGUUCAAAAAUUUAAAGUUAACCUUGAGGUGAAUAAGAUGUUCACCUUGAAAAGCCUGAUAGGCUUAUUUCAAAUUGACUGGAACAAAGAAUUCUAAGAUGCAGUUGAAUGCCCUUAUCUUGAACUCUCAAGUGAAAAUGAAAAAAGUUUGAUAUGGCAGGGGUUCGAGACUGAAAAGGUAUACUGAAGGGGAAAUGAUUUGAAGAUAGCAGGAAAUUCAUAACCAAGUUCAAGAUAGUGCAUUUCAACUGUAUCUUAUGUCAUUCAACCAGGGUUAAUGCCAGGUUGCUCCUUCAAUCCACAGCAUUGGAACACGUUUAGGAUUAAAGUGUCAACUUUAUUGGAAAAAUAAUGAUCCAAUAAUUUAUCAGAUCACUUGUAAUUUAAAGAAUACAACAAAAUAAGUGAUUUUUUGGUUGUAGAACAGGAAAUGAGAGAGAUCAUUAGCUCUGUAGGCGUCCACAGAGAUCCUUGCCAUAUACCAGAAACUGGGUGUGUUUAAAAACGUGAAAUGGUAAAAACCCUUGGACACCUGCAUCUCACAUUGACCCUUACCCACAGUGCCAUUUUUAUUUUGCCAUUUCAUGUUUUAAGUAUGCUCGUAAAAUCUAUAUAUUCAAAUCUAUAUUUUCUCAGUGUUAAGAAAUAAGGGGUCUCUUAGUUUUUUAGAGUUCUUUUAGUUUUUUAGAAGACAUUCAAGUUUUCAGAAAAGUGAUAUAUUUGUGUGAAAGAUGUUGAUGUUAGAUUAACAUGUUUAUUUCCAAGUUGUAAAGACAAUGUUAGCUCAUCUUGUUUAAGGUAGUAUUUCAUAUCUUUACCACUGAACUUUGCCACUUUACAGAAAAACUGGCAUGCUUAUUUACAAUAAUUAUUACUACGGUAAUUACUAAAAUCAGGAAAGCUGCAGAUGUCAUAAAUCAGCCAAGUACAACAAUUAUCAAUACCUUUGAAAAAUUGUAAUUAUAUUUCUUCAUG